CGAAAAGGAAAGGAAAAGGGCAAGAGAAAGAGAGUGUAUGUUUAAUCUAAGUUGAGUUCAAGAAGUACCUGAUGGAAAAAAACACUGGACAAUACCUGGAAGUAGAGAAUGCAAGCAUGUCACAUUUCCCGUCUUUUUGUCAAAAUGAUAGAUAGAUGUGCAAAUUUUACAAAACUAAUAAGUCUCACAAAUAUAUCGCAUGAUAUACCCUGCCUAGUUUUUUCCAGCAGGGUUUAUGGGUUGGCUUAGAUGGGGAGUUUUAGAGUAUUUAAUGCUCAGUUUGAGCUAUGCAGACCCAAUUAGGGUCUGUGUUAUACCAUCCAGACAACUCCCUGCAACACCCAACAGUAGUCGUCCACACAGUGUACCGUCUCACAAAUUUUCCUCUCAUGGGUUGGGUUAACCCAGGGCUAGGUAACAUUUGACAAGGGAAAUCGUACCCAUGUUGUUGUAACAACAACCUAAAUUUUUGAUUUUCAUUCUCUAGAAUCCAGUUGACUAUCUCAGAGAUCAUGCAGACAGUUGUGGUCAAUCUAACAAAACAGCAAUCAAUAUAGAUAUUGCGGUUUUCCCUCUUGUUGGCACAUAUGCGUUUUUUAAUCAGAGCUAAAGUAUCGUUGUAGAAUUAAUCUAUCAAAUCAGAUGUUUUAUGAUAAGUUUGGCUGAAACUGGCAUACACUGUGGUCAACAUAUAUUUGAAAUAAUCAACCACAACAUUCAACUUGACAAAUAUUAUGACACACAGAAUUUGUUGUUUUGGCAGUUAUGAAUCCAUCAUUUAUUUAACUAAUACUGUCUGUACAUUUCAGAUAUGAAAACUAGAAUGGGUUUAUGACAGCAAAACUUGGUUUGAACAAGUAUAUUAUAGCAUGAGCAUCACUUGAUUGUGGUAAACAAAUAUGUUAAAAUUAAAGUCCCUGGAACAUGGAAUUCCUGGUUAAGGUUUGGAGGUUGAGCAUAAGGAGGGGUAAAAAAGGGUUUCAGUGAACUGCAAACACUGCAUAUCAGUCAUGGAGAAGUAAUAAUUAGCCUGUGUCAGAAAAGUUAGCCUGUACAGAAUAACUAUAUGGUACACAUAUACAGUAUAAUUAGGUGCUUAUACAUAUAUUCUCUAUAAUAAUACAGAGACUGUGCCUGUCUGUAACAGGCAAAGUGGAUGUCUUCAUUUUCCUUUCAUGUUGCCGAAAAAUGCAUGUCUAAUAUGUUAAAUUUUCUGACGUUACGGCGCGAUGAAAAUAACACUACUUUAACGCUAAUAUCUUAUAUUAAAUUAAUGAAGUGCACCUAAAACUUUGAGGCUAAAUAACUUGGAAAUGAGGUGUUGACUUCAAUGAUUUUUCACCGCGUGGGUAACUAGAGACCACCUAAACCUGGGUCCCCGUGUCUGUUUCACAAUGGACGGGUUGAUGACGUCAUCAAAAAACCUUCAAACCCUAAUAUCUCUGCAACCGUUUAUCAAAAGUACAUGAUCCUAUACAUUUUCUUGACCAACAUUUCAAGAUCUAUGCCAUGAAGGCAACAGUAAUUUAAAUACAAUGUUCUUACUGGCUUUACUUGUCUUCUGUUGUAUUAAUGAGACCGGAAUAGUAGCUUCGCCACAAAAUACAAAUCAAACAGAAUGGUUAUGGCAACUGUUCAAGACAAAUGGAAUGGGAGACCUUGAAAACUUCUAUGAGUUUUUAAACAGAGUAACACACGGUGAAAUCUUCAACAUUUCUCUAAGAAAUCAUCAACUGCUUAAGGAAAUGGGUUAUGUGGACCUUCAAAUAAACAAAACAGAAAUCCCAGAUUUUGAUUGCAUUGUAGAAAAAUCAAAACAUUACAUCAAAGCAACAUCUGUACAUAAGUUGACACCUCAUGAUAUCGAUAUUGUUGCUGCCAUGGGUGAUUCUCUGACUGCAGGAUUUGGCGCUUGCGCGUACACCUUGAUUGAUUUAUUCGUGGAAUGUCGAGGUAUAUCAUGGAGUAUUGGUGGCGAUGAUGAUAUUCACAAACAUAUCACAUUACCAAAUAUUUUAAAAGAAUACAACUCUAAUUUGAAAGGGUACGCAGUUGGUAUCACCCCUCCACUUGUGGCAUUUCCAAAUGAACACUUGGAUGUAGCUGUAUCAGGUGCUACAUCCUAUGGUAUGUUGAAACAAGCGAAACAUUUGGUGGAGAAAAUGGUGCUGGACUCCAAGUACGAUUUUUUUGGUUCAUGGAAAGUGUUAACUUUUUUUAUUGGUGGGAAUGAUUUGUGUUCAUGUUGUCGAAGUUACAAAGACUACAAUGUGGAAUAUUCUCCUGAAAAUUAUGUGAAGGAAGUUACGGCAGCGCUAGAUUACCUACACGAUAGAGUUCCAAAGAUGUUCGUCAAUUUAAUAAACGCUCCUGAUGUAACAAUUCUUAACGACUUGCGAUCGUUGUAUUGUGAUCUUCCCCAUCUUAUUGAGUGUAAAUGUGGCACAGUGUGGGGGAAAAAAGCUAGAAAUUACACACAUUUUACUGCUCAAAAGUACCACCAACUCUUCCGAGAUUUGGUGGAAUCAAGGAAGUACGACACUAGAGACGAUUUUACGGUGGUGCUACAACCAUUUUUCGACGAAACGAUCAUACCACGCAAACCAAAUGGUAAGGUCGACACAACCUACUUUGCUCCUGAUUGCUUCCACUUCUCGCGUAAAGCUCAUGCGGCUUCUGCACUUGCGCUGUGGAACAGUAUGCUUGAACCUGUUGGAAGCAAAAGUAAAGAAUGGCACACGGGUGAAUACUAUAGAUGCCCCACUAAAAACAAGCCAUACUUUUAUACGAUGGAGAACAGUAAGGGGUACGGAGAGAAGGAAAAUGCCAAAACUGGGAAAGCAAGCAUCUUUCAAAGAAUGCGUGAGUGUAUUGUGAGAUUGCAUACCUUUUUUGUAGGAACGUCGACCGCUAGACAACAUAAUUGCGUCACGAAGGGUAUAAACAACGCUCAAUUGAACACUCCACGCGCGAAUGAGUACACUUUGUUUUUGUUCAUUUUGUGCUUUUUAUGUAUCUGUUUCUUAAUGAUAAAAAAGUAUAAAACAGACGAAAAUUUAGACCCUAAGUAAUCCUUUUUGGGCUAUGACAAAUUUUAUUUAACCGUAAAAAUUCGAUUAUUCACUUCUAUCGGAUAUAUAUCGCACGUAAGGUUUCGAUUUCAAAAUACAUACGAGAUAUAUUUUGAAAUCGAAACCUUAUACAAUGUGGUAUUUAUUUCCCAAAAUUUCUGUACUAGGAUAAAGUUUGAAGCCUGGAAGCUAUAAAGAAAAUUUGCUUUAAUGUCUAAAACUUUCGUGACCUGGAAUUUUUACGAAUUGUCCCAUUCGCUAAAUUUGUACUAAUUUUAUAAGAAUUUAUUUUCGCGAAUCCAUUGAUUGGUUAUUGAUAGAUUUAUGUUACCAGAGAGGACAAUUGCGAUGCCGAAAAAUUUGAAAUUUGUCAUACAUAAUUGCAUUGUUUUUAUAUGAUCUAAUAAAUAGUAUGCCACUCGGGCCGGCUAUAUCAUUGCUUUCUCGGAACAAUUUUGAUUCGCAGGGAUCUUAAUUUAUGGAAAUCCACUGUUUUUUAAAAACAAUUGCAUUACAGCCUUUUUUAAAGUAAAUUUUAAACAACAUUUACGAAUAUGUUAAUUCAUGAAAUUUUCUUGAUUUCAAUGAAAUUAAAUUUUCCCAAGCCUAGAUUUAACACACAGUCAUUUUUCGCGCUACUUGAACCCAUUAAACCACCACACAUUAUUCACGAUUAUUAAUUUCAUGAUCAAUUUUGUGUCACAAUACUUUGAAUCUCGUCAUUUGAGUUUUUUAAUUUCACAAAAUCUAAUUUCCGUAAAUUAGAAAGAAAUAUUACGCUUACGUCAAUUUUCGGCUGAAUCUGCAAUAACCAUGUGCCCGAAAAUUAUACGAAUUAAGGUACACAUUCGUUACAUUAAAUUAUAAUAUAUUAUAGAUGCAUUUAGGAAAAUACCGUAAAAUGCCGUAAUCAAGCGCACCAGGCUAUAAGUGCACCCGUGAAUAAGCGCAUCAGGUUAUAAGUGCACCUGUUAAUAAGCGUAUCAAAGUCCUACUAUCACUGCUGAUAAGCGCUGCGCUUGAUUACGGCAUUUUACGGUAUAUAUUUUAUACGGUACACAGUUAAUUAUAAAUGCACGUCUGAUAAUUUAUUUUGAUAACACAUAAUUUUUUAAAGAUAAUAGUACAUGGUGUAAAGAGCUUUACUUCUGCUGCACCAAACAGAUCUCUCUACCAUUUAAUCCGAACGUGUUAAAAUACCGUUGGAGACAAUGAUAUGAGUCUUAUAUGCAGAGGGUGAUUUUGAAGUGUUAGGCGCUUUUUUAAAUUUAAUAAUUUUUCACACGCAUAUUUAAAUCGCAAUUUUUAAAUUUUUUAUAUUAUUGCUUGACUAAAAUAUUUUUCACAUAUAUUUGUAUAUAAUUAAAUGGAAAUAUUUUAAAUUUAGUUUAGUUGAAUUUGAUACAUUUAUAAGAAUAAUAAAAAUACGCAACACAA